GUAACCUUUAAGCAGUUAUCUGGAACUUGUAUAAAGCAGCAUUUUUUGAUGUUAAAACGCUGAACUACAAUGAAGCCAAAAUUCGUACUUUUUCUUGCAUGCUACAUUUCUUUUACUGAAGCUUCCGGCGGUGAAUACACACGUCUCGGGUGCUUUAAAGAUACACUAUUCAGAGCAAUGAGCGAAAAACUUGGAAAUGUAGGAUCAGUAGAUGAGUGCGCCAAAUUAGUGCAGAAGAAAGGCUAUUCAACCUUUGGAGUACAAGCUGGAAGAGAGUGCUUUUCUAAAGCUGAUGCAGCGAAUAAGUAUAAAGUGUUUGGAGCCUCAGCAGCCUGUCGUAACGGCAUGGGUGGAACUUGGGCCAACGAUGUGUAUCAAUUCAAAGAGGGAACAUAUCAAAGACUUGGAUGUUGGAAGGACUCAUUAUCUACAAGAGCCUUGCCGAAAUUAUUCGGUCGAUUUAGCAGAGAUGUUGCCGUCAGGACAUGCGCAGACUAUACAAGAGUUGAGGGCUGGUCCGUAUUUGGUGUCCAGGCCAACGCCGAGUGUUGGAGUGGAGAGAAGGGAGAAUCAACUUAUACUCAACAUGGCAAUGGAUCAGGAGAUUGUGCUUCCGAUGGAACAGGGGAAUCAUUGCGUAACGAAGUAUAUCGUCUACCAGCUCAAAAGUGCUAUAGCUGUAAUGGGAAGGAUAGCUGCACUAAAAUCACGUGCUCAAGCAUGGAGCCGUACUGCUACAAGCUCUCCGCUGACCAGGAAAUCGGAGGCGCUGUAAGCCGCGUUUCCCUCGCUGGAUGUGCUUCUAACUGCACUUCAUCUGGCGAAUCGGAUCUCUGCGAUGGCAAGAAAAAUUGCCAUGCGUCUUGCUGCAAAUAUGAAAAUUGUAACGACCCUAAAGCACCCGACGACCUCCCCAAAUGCUACAGCUGCAGAUCAACGACGUCAGCUUCCGAUUGCGAAUCAAACCAGUACGUGGUUCCAUGCGGUAAAGUCGAUGGUGCUCAGUCAUACUGCUUCACUGCUCAGAAUAAUGGGACAUACUGGAAAGGAUGCGCUAAAGACUACAUUAAAUGCGCUAUUGAGGCAGAUCUUUUGUGCAAGGGGAAAACUGACUGCUCACAGAAGUGCUGCACUGGCUAUAAGUGCAAUGGUGCCAUUCAAGUUGGUGUCAGCGUAUUUUUGAUUAUGGCAUGCGCGUUGAUGAUGCUCAUGUUGUAAAAGCACGAUUAGCAGUUCUGAGCGAAAUAAUUUAUUAUUUAUCGCCUCCGGAUUAUAUAUUAUGAUUAAGAUUGCUUGUUAGAUUAAACAGCGAUUUAAAAAGCAAUUUUUUAAGAGAGGUCGUCCGUAAAAAUCGCCUAUGGCUGGAAAUAGCCGAAAAAUCAAAAUCGCUCAAACUUUACUAGAAUGUAAGUUGGGUGGACCUAAUAAUAUAAAAAAGGUUUUAAGUUCAAUUGGAAAAAUAUUUUUUGAGAUAAGUCGACAUUUGGGUUU